AUGAACACGAAAGCCAAAGAAAUUAAUGAAGAAACUUACUCUCGAAGUAGUCCUUCAAAAAAGAAAAUAGAAAGUAUUGAUACGGAUCAACUAGAAUAUACGGCUACCACUUUAUUAACUUAUGGAACUAUUGUUUUUGCCGUAGUUUUAGGUUUAGGUUCAAUCACUUAUAUGACUAUUCAACAAUUAAAAAAGGAUAUUUCUCUACAAAGCCGGAGUAAUCCAAAAAGUAACUAG